CCACACCCAGAUAUCUCCCUCUCUCUUUAUCCUUCAGAAAAUCCCGAUGGCGCUUCUCAACGUCUCCAUGUGCUCCAAAAUCCCAAACCCUUCCCGCCAACACCUCCACCUCUCCGGCUACCCUCCUCCGCCGCAGGUACUCAAGGUUCAACCCGAAGCUUCCAGAAGCCUUCUCCUCCAAAUCGGAGACUCCGUCUGCAAGGCCGCCCUGAUCGCCGCGCUAUCCGCUUCUCUGCUCCCCGCAAAUCCCGCUCUCGCAUAUAUCGGUGGAGGACCCUAUGGUUCGGAGGUGACUAGGGGCCAGGACCUUACCGGGAAGGACUUCAGCGGCUUGACUUUGGUCAAGCAAGACUUCAAAACGUCCAUAUUGCGGCAGGCGAAUUUUCGCGGUGCAAAGUUGGUAGGUGCUAGCUUCUUUGACGCCGAUUUAACAGGGGCUGAUCUUUCUGAUGCUGAUCUAAGGGGUGCAGACUUUUCCCUGGCCAAUGUGACAAAGGUAAAUUUGAGCAAUGCCAACUUGGAAGGUGCAUUUACUACAGGCAACACUUCAUUCAAAGGAUCAACUAUCACAGGUGCAGACUUCACAGACGUGCCUUUGAGAGAUGAUCAGCGCGAAUAUCUUUGCAAAAUUGCUGAUGGGGUAAAUCCAACAACCGGAAAUGACACGCGUGAAACAUUGUUUUGCAAAUGAUACUUCAUUUGAUCCGGUAUCAAAUAUAGGAGGUUCAUUGUGAAAUUGAUAUAGAGGAAAAUGAUGAUAUACUGAUGCAAAAGUUGCAAUUUUCGUGAAAUGGGUGAACAUGAACUUGUAAAGUAGCUAUGCCAUUCACUACCAGAAGUAUGUGUAUUACAGACCUGAGCUUGUAUUCUUGUACAUUCAUAUCAAGACCAUCUACUGAUUAAACGAUAACCAUCGUAU